AAAAAAAGAAAAACAUUAUCAGUAUUAGUGUUAAACAUUUGAUUGACAGCUGACUGCACGCGACACCAGUGUGAUGAUAGCGUUGUAUUAUCUAUAAAACAGUGCUACAAUUGGUCUCUUAUUCACUUUAUUCACGAACAGCUGGACCUAUCAAAGAUGUUGAAACUAGCAGUAGCUCUUGGUCUCAUGGCCGUCGUGUCGUGUGUCUCUUUUGACGCUGAAUGGAUACGGUUCAAGUCUGCAUACAACAAGAUCUACAAAGACCCAAGAGAGGAGAUGAUGAGGCGUAACAUCUGGGAGGGUAACUUGGCCUACAUUCUGAAGCACAAUGAAGCCUACGCCAAUGGAGAGUACAGUUUCUACCUUGGUGAGAACGCCUAUGCUGAUAUGUCAAAUGAAGAGUUUGUCAAGACCAUGAAUGGCUACCGCGGACACAGUGGCCAGGGAAGUCACUUGAUUCACGUUGGUGGAGAUGUGAAGGACCUCCCAGCGGAAGUGGAUUGGAGAACAAAGGGAUACGUCACAGACGUUAAAGACCAGGGUCAAUGCGGGUCAUGCUGGGCUUUCUCAACCACCGGGUCACUGGAAGGUCAACACUUUAAGAAAACUGGCAAACUUGUUUCUCUGUCUGAGCAAAAUCUGGUCGACUGCUCACAGAAGCAGGGUAACCAAGGCUGUAAUGGCGGUCUAAUGGACCAGGCUUUUACCUACAUCAAGGUCAACAAUGGUAUCGAUACCGAGGCUUCCUAUCCAUACGAGGGUGUAGAUGACACCUGCAGGUUCAAGGCAGCCAAUGUGGGCGCCAAUGACACUGGUUAUGUUGACGUCAAGUCCAAGGACGAGAGCGCCCUUCAGGAUGCUGUUGCCAACGUGGGCCCCAUCUCUGUUGCCAUAGACGCCAGUCAUGCCUCCUUCCAGUUGUACUCUGGUGGAGUUUACCACAGCAUUUUGUGCAGUCAGACCAGACUUGACCACGGUGUGCUUGCAGUAGGUUACGGCAACGACAAUGGCAAGGACUAUUGGCUGGUCAAGAACAGCUGGGGAUCUUCCUGGGGUCUCCAAGGCUACAUCAUGAUGUCAAGAAACAAGGACAAUAACUGCGGCAUUGCCACUGCUGCCAGCUACCCAACAGUUUAAAUUAGUCUUGUUCAUGGACAAUAAACAAAUAAUUUCAAUCAGCCAAAAAAA